CUUUAAAUUCGUGACCCUCGUCGUGGAGAGGCCGAGAGAUAACACCAACACCGAGCUCGGUUGCUGCCUUACCAGCGUUGGACGUUACCUUUCGGCGCUCGAGACGAUGUCUUUGGAUAGGUUUUCACUCAAAGGUCGAACUGCAUUAGUCACUGGUGGCGCAUGGGGUUGCGGGCUUGCAUUUUCUCAAGGCCUUGCGGAGGCGGGCGCAGAUAUUGCGAUUUUUGAUGUGGUACCUCCAGCUGAAGGACUUCUUGCAAUUCAAAAUAAAUAUGGAAUAAAAAUAAAGUCUUACCGUGUUGAUGUAAGUGACCUGAAGAGUCUUCAAGAAGGGUUCGCGGAGUUUAGCAAAGACUUUGGAAAUAAAUUAGAUGUAUGUGUGCCAUGUGCGGGCAUAAAUCGGAACCUGAGUUUCCUGGAUACUCCAUGGGAAGAACACCAGAAGUUGCUCGACGUCAACGUGCUUGGUGUCUAUUAUACUGCACAGAUGGCCGCAAGGCAGAUGAUCGCAAACGGUACCAAGAAAGGGAGCAUCAUCAUGGUGGCUAGUAUUGCAAGUUACAGAGCUAUCCGUGGCCAAAUGUCCAGUGCAUACUGCGGCACCAAAGGCGCUGUGCGUGCCAUGUGCGCCCCAAUUGCUGCGGAGCUAAGCCAAUAUGGAAUUCGAGUCAAUACUAUCUCCCCAGGAUAUGUUCGGACGGAGAUGACCGCACCGUUUCCUCACCUUCUCGAGAGCUGGAAAGAGGAAAUAAUGAACAAUCGGGUUGCAGAGCCUGAAGACCUUCAAGGAGCCUGUGUUUUUCUUGCGAGUGACGCAAGCUCAUACAUGACUGGACAAGAUGUUCUGAUCGACGGAGGUGUAACCAGAUGGUGAAUGUUGACAACCGCUUUCUCUAUCGGUAUUCUAUUUUUCUACUGGGUAUUUUAGAGACAUGUUCAAUGAGUUACCGCAUUUCUGGAAGCCUUGCAAUUAGACCAUUCCUUUUCGACCUAUAAGCUUGGUCGAGCACAUUCAACGGUCGUGAAUUUUGUUCUAAGCUUUGGAGAACAAUCAUGCCCUCCCUGACCAAGGCCCACCGAAUUGUGCUUAGAUGUUUCGUCAUGAUUUUUCUCGCGCAUCCCAAUCCACGCACUCCUCGUAA